CUUACGGACUCCAUCAUUACACACAUGAAUGACAAUAGAAGGUGACAAAUAAUAUUGGAAGUAAUUAAAAAAAAUAUAUGUCAGAUAUGCAAGACUCGCUGCUACUGGGUUUAGAGGGUAUCAAGAAGACAAUCCUGCAUGGCGGGACUGGAGACAUCCCAAAAUUCAUCACUGGAGCAAAGGUGACCUUUGACUUUCGCACCACACUGUGCGAUGACGAGCGCACGGUGAUUGAUGACAGCAAAGCUGUGGGUACACCCAUGGAGAUCGUGAUCGGCAACAUGUUCAAACUGGACAUCUGGGAGACUCUGCUGGCUUCGAUGAGAAUUGGAGAGGUGGCCGAGUUCUGGUGUGACACCAUUCACACUGGAGUAUACCCGCUUGUCUCCAAAAGCAUGAGGCGAAUCGCGGAUGGCAAAGACCCAGUGGAUUGGCACAUUCGCACGUGUGGCAUGGCCAACAUGUUUGCCUACCACAGUCUGGGCUACGACGACCUGGACGAGCUGAUGAAGGAGCCCAAGCCCCUCUUUUUCAUCCUGGAACUGCUCAAGGUGCUGCAACCCAGUGAAUACAACAGGGAAUCCUGGGCUCUGAAUGACGAGGAGAGAAUGAAAGUGGUGCCCGUGCUGCAUGGUCAGGGGAACAAGCUCUACAAGCAGGGACACUACCAGGAAGCCACUCUCAAAUACAAGGAGGCCAUCAUCUGCAUCAAGAAUGUACAGACCAAGGAAAAAGCAUGGGAAGCUCCAUGGCUGAGGCUGGAAAAGCUGGCCCACACGUUAACGCUCAACUACUGCCAGUGUCUCCUACGCAUGGAGGAGUAUUAUGAGGUCAUCGAGCACACCAGUGACAUCAUUAACCAACACCCAGGCGUCAUGAAGGCCUUCUAUCUGCGUGGGAAGGCCCAUCUCGAGGUGUGGAAUGAGGCAGAGGCCAGGCAGGACUUAAGCAAGGUUUUAGAUCUGGACCCAGGAAUGAAGAAGGCUGUGAAGAAGGAGCUGGCGGUGCUGAAUAUGCGCAUGGAGGAAAAGAAUAGGGAAGACAGGAACAAGUACAAGGGCAUGUUUUAAGUUGACUUCAUUGUGUCAAUAAAACAUUCAUUUGGCCCAUUACAGGCUAUUGGUGUCUUUAUCAGGUAAAUAAUGAUAUAAUAAUUAGGGUUGUUCCGAUCAUGUUUUUUUGCUCCCGAUCCGAUCUCGAUCGUUUUAGUUUGAGUAUCUGCCGAUCCUGAUAUUUCCCGAUUCGAUUGCUUUUUUUUUGCUCCCGAUUCAAUUCCAAUCAUUCCCCAUAAUUUUUCCCGAUCAUAUACAUUUUGGCAAUGCAUUACUCGGACAAAUAUAUACAUUCAACCAGAGGUUGCGCUAGAUUUUUUCAUUGUCUCUCAUUUUGACUGACAGGGUCAUAAAAAUCCGGUCAUAAUCUAUUUUUACCCGUCCCUUAAAUUUUUAAAAUGAUAAUGACAUUGUGGUGACCCUUUGUUUGGCAUAAUUCACCUUCCGUAUUUGUGUGUCCAUUUGGCCGAGCGCGUUACUGGCUACGACACAGUCACAUGACAGAGACACUUAAGAGCCGCACGCGUUCCGCCUUGAAUAGAGAGUUCACAGAGACAGCAGAACUACAGCGGCUGGACACAGCAAUUCGAGCUAACAAGACUGUUAACAUUGCAUACCGCUUCAACAUAUUCAAUAGUAUUGAGUUUUCAUUCAUUUUAAAUUAAUAUUCUGUCCGAACAAGCUUAACAGAGAAUCCACACCGUGCCAUCACACAUCAAGCAGAUGAAUAUGUAACUUUUUCUCCGCAGUGACAAAAACAGCUGACUGUGGCCCCAGUAGGUAGGCUACAUUAUGGAACAAUGAAAUUAACAGUUCACCUGCUGUGGCCUGAACGGAGUCUUACACGUUCCUCCUGGUGCGCAUGGACUUGAAUUGCAUGCCCGCUUGUGCAGUCCCUGUUUUUUUCACCUCUUUUAUCAACACCAUCGCCGUUUUGGGGUUUUUUGAAGAAACUUCGGACACUCAGUUGCCUUGACAUUUUUCAGAGUAA